AUAAUGUCAUAUUAUCUUCGUCCGAAAACAUUAGUUGUUCCUCAAUCAAUAUAUGAGUUACUAAAACUUCACUAUGCACUUAUUGCUUGUGUUGUAAUUGGAUUAUUAUAUAUUGUUGUAAUGUGGAUAACUGGAUUGAUAGUUUUCUGCUGUCGUUGUUGUUGUAACAAUUGUGGUGGUAAAAGAGUUCAGGAUCAAACAAGAACAACGUCACUAUGGAGGAAGAUUUUAAUACUUUUCCUAUUAAUAUUAAUAGUUUUAUUAUUAAUUGCUGUUAUUUGUAUGUUUGUAACACACAAUUCUUUAAGUACAAACUAUUCCACUUCAGAAAAAAAAACUGAUAUUGUGUUUGAAGAUAUGCAAUCAAUGCUUUAUAAUACAAAAAUUCAAUUAAGUUAUAUUGCCUUCAAUUGUACAAAAGAAACAUUUCAAGCUGUAUUCUCAAUAUUAAGUGGUACAGAAGAAUUUCUUGAAAAAGAAAUAACAGAAAAAAUUAGCCCUCUUGAAAACUUAACUAAUUCUGCAGAAUUAGUUGCAUCUGGUGUAUCAAAUUUCACUGAUAUUCUUUAUGCAAUAAAUAAUGCUGGAGAUAGAAUAUUUAAUAAUAGUGAACUUAUUAAACAAGGAUUGAGACAUAUUAAAGAAGAAUUAGAAAAACUAAAGGAGAAUUGUACUUCUGAUAAAUGUAAACAGAUAAACCCUGAUCAGUUUUCUAUUGAUUUGAAUUUUCAGAAUGUUUUUAUAAAAAAUGCAUUGGAUUCAUUCAGCAAAUUGAAUUCCACAGAAUUUGAAAGUAGUCUGCAAAAUGUAACUAAAAUAAUUGAAAGGCUUCCAAAAGAAAUAAGUGUGCAAACAAAAUCCUUACAAAAUGAAAUAAAAUCUGGUUUAAGUAAAGCAGCUAAAGAACUUAAUGAUUCUGCAACUAAACUUAUGAGUGAUAUAUUUCCAAAAACUGAAGAAACAUUAUACAAUGCUAGUAUACGUACGAAGCAGUACAUGCAAAGUGGAAAGAAAUAUGAUAGUUAUGGAAAGUAUACAACUCUUGGUAUUUGUAUUAUAAUGACAGUCAUUGUCUCUUUCCUUGUUAUUGGAUUGUUUUUUGGGAUCUGUGGUUAUCAAAAUAGUAGACCACCAACAAAAAGAACAACUAUGUCAAAUGUAGGUGGACAUUUUUUGUUGAUUUCUGUUACCUGGAUGUUCAUCUUUUCUGGUAUCUUCAUGCUGUUCACAAUAAUUCUGUUUUUAUUUGGUAGUAUCACAGAUACAUAUGUCUGUCAGCCAUUAUAUGAUAAAAAAUUGAUUAUGGUGAAUAAGGUAAGACAUUAUUUUUGAAAAAUGUAUAUAUAAAAUAAAAAGAUG